CUCAGCUGAAACAGAAAAUGGAGUCUCACACUCAACUGAAGAAGAAAUUGAGCUCUCAGACUCAAUUGAAACCGAAAGUGCACUCUUUGCUGAACUUUGUGCUUAGUCCGGACCAUGUGCGGAGGAUCGGGCCGCAGAACACGGCCGAGGUGGAGAAGCUGAAGCUCAAGAAUACGGAGUAUUUGUUCGGGGUCAUGCCGGUGGCGAGGCUUUUACUCCGAAGCCACCUCUCCGUCGGCAUCUACAACGAGCACUCCGAGCUCGCCGGCGUCCUCUGCCUCUGCUGCUACCCCAACAUCCCCGCCCUGCCCCCCUGGGACUGGGAGCACUGGCUGGCCGCCAAAUACGAAAUCAUCGACAUGCUCCCCCUCACCACCCUCUGGAUCCACUACGCCGUCUGGGACCGCCGCUACACCACCCUCUUCCUCAAGCCCCUCCUCCAGUGGGUCUACCAAACCUACGAACCCCUCGAAAACGUGCUCAUGGUGUGUCCCCCCGGCAUCAAGCGCCUCGACUUCAUCGAAGAGUACGCCACACGACAGCUCCCCGUGGGCCACCUCUUCGUCCUCAAGAGCCAGAGCCUCUACAUCACCCAGAAGAACGACUUCGUGGCCCACUACGUCAUCCGGCGCGCCGUGGAGGAGGACAACGACGACCUGGUGGCCAUCAUCCCCGAAGUGGUGGAAGAAACCUACGGCCACUACUACAUCUCGGAGAUUCUGAGCAACGAGGAGUCCGAGAGGCAGAUCAUAGUGGCGGAGCACAAGGGGUGCGCUGUGGGGGUGCUGUGUCUCAACGAGGUGGUCAAUUAUGACUUGCUGAACGAGGAGUUCGAGCUGGUGCCGUACAAUGGGUUGAAGAAGCACAACGUGGCGGACGAGGUGGCGAAGUCGGCGGCGGGGAGUGCGACGAUGUUGCCGACGCUGGAGGAUAGCACGGAGCACCUGUCGGCGAUCACCCUCACGGAAGAAGUCAAAGAAGAGGAGGAGAAAGUCGAGGAAGACAAUAUUUCGGACGACGAUUUCUCCCUGGUGAAUUUGUCGUCGUCUUUGAUACUCAAUUUCUUGUACGAGGAAGAAGAUAUAAGUGAACACAUGUCUCCAACUGGGAGCGCCACUAGUAUAGAGAGCCACUUUAGCGCGGUGGUCCUCAAUGAAGAAUACGAAGAUCACCUGUACAACGACAGGGGGGCUGACAAUAUAGAAGAAGACCGCCGACUAAGACGUAAAGAAAGCAGGCAAGAUAACAUGCUCGUGCCCACCUUCUACGGAGAGCCCGACGCCUUCGCCAUGGAAAUUUGCACGGCGAUCCCCGAGCACGAGAACGCCCUCUACUUGCUGUUCGAAGCGGCUUUCGAGUGCUUCCCCGAUCGCAGCUACAUCGUGACUUCGUCGCCCACCGAGUCCACGGUCUGCUACUUGACGCGCCACUUCGCCAGGGUCGUACCCAGGCACAACUCCGUCUUCAACCACGAACUCUACGUCUUGCACAAGAACGCCGUGUUGGGGCGACUGUGGGCGCGGGUGGCCCAAGUCGAAGAUAAAGAGAUCAUUUCGAGUUUGGUCAGAACGCUGGUGAAGCCGUCUAUUAUCGACGACAUGUUCCGGGAGGCGGUGGAUGUUCCUCAUGGUCCUUUGAAGGGUUUUACUUUCAUGUGCGAGAAACAGGUGAUUGGGUGUGCGAUUGUGAGUGAGGAGAGCGACCAUGAGUAUCUGCAGUUGUAUUAUAAUCUGGAUGAUUGGAUGAAUACUGGGGAGACGAAGUUUGGGGCAGUGGGGCACGUGGAGCAGUUCCUCGUUUCGCCGAUUUUUCAAAGACAUAUCAAGUUUUUUCUGCGGGAGGUUCAUCGGCUGAGUAAUUUUGACGAUCUGAUGUAUCGGUUGAAGAGUUUCGAUUUCAUGUACACCCACAGGUCCAUGCCCAUUAGUAACGCUAUUAAUAACAUGCUCCCGAUUUUGCCCAACGCGAUUCCGGAGUAUAGUAAGCAGAUCACUGAGGAGUACCAUCUUCCGGCGGCUUUGAACAAGUACCACCAGCCGUUCGGGCUCUACUUAUCCACCAACCGGAUCACGAGCAUGGUCCGGGUUGAAAUUAACUACAGGCUUGUGGUAGUGGGAGCUGGGUCCACCACAAUUUCGUUCCUGGAGUCGCUAAUCUUCGGCACUAACCCCAACUACAUGGUGGUUUUUCCGAACAUCACGGUGGUGAGUCCCCACGGGAUCGCCUACCAUAAACAACCCAGUCCGAUUCGGGAGAUGGUGUUCGUGGGUGAUGGGCACCUGGAUCGUCGCUACAUGGACUCCAUUUGCUUGAGGACCUACGUCCACGUGGUCACUGGGGUCAUGACGAUGAUUGACCGCAAGGAGAAGUUCAUUUCGUUGAACGACGACACGCACUUGCCCUACGACUACUUGUUUUUGAUGUGUGGGGAGCAGUUCCAGAAGCCCCCGAUCAAGAAGAAGGAAAUUGUCAAGAAAAGGGUGGAUUUUCCGCAGAAUGUCUUCAUUAUUAACACGGAAGCGGACGCUGGGAAUGCCUUCAAUGCGUUGAAGAAUCUGACGGCGAACCAGAAGCAAGGUAACAUGGUGGUGUUCGGGCACUACUUGGAAGCUUGUUGUUGUCUGGCGGCCCUUUUGGAGUUCGGUGUCCCGGGAAACAAUCUGGUCUACAUCGACCCGAGUCCUGACCAUAUCGUCAAGAUGGACCGCCACGACCACUUGACCACCUAUUUUAACAACAGUGCCGUGGAAACAGCGGUUUUGGACGAAAUUCUCUACCAAGGAGUGACGAUCUAUCAAGACUACAAUUUCGUGGAGUGGCACUUGGACUCCACGAGGAACUUCAUCACCUCGGCCAAGUUCGAGAGCAAGUAUAAGUUCGUGGAGAUCGAGUUGUCGGCGCUUUUUAUCUACCACUCGAAGGGGGUGAGUGCGCGGACGUUCCAAGCCAUGGCCAGAAGUGGCCUGGUCUUCAAUGGACGCCUGGUCAUCGACAAGAACUGCCAGACCAACGACCAGUUCAUCUACGGCGCCGGACCUCUGACCAUGUACUCGAAGAAGUACCACGCUGAACACUUGAUGCACAAGUACUAUAAUGCUCAAGAGAUAGGGUACAAUCUAGGGACCGAAAUCCGGAAGAAGCUGAUCCCGAAGGAGUACUGGGACCCUCCUGCUCGACCCCCUAGGUUUCGCAAACCCGUGGUCCAAUACUGCCACUUCCCCGGGAAGCUUCACUACCUGCACGUGUCUAAACCGGGACCUCCGGUCCCUCUGGAAGUCGCUACCAUCAAAUCUAACUACGGUCGAGUCCUGACCAGCGGCGACUGCAAAAAACUAGACCAACGCGGCUUUUUCCGCCUCCACUUGAACCAGUUCCAGUCCAUCGAAACCAUAACCUGCCUAAGCAAAUCCCCCAUUCCUUUCCGCAACCUCAUCUCCCUGUGGGGCCACCACGAGGUCCUCCUCAACCACCUCUUCCUGCGCUACGACCUCAACAUGAUCCCCGACCUCUACGACUACUUCAACCAGCCUUGGGCGGCGGCGCUCUACCACCGGAACUUCCCCAAAGUGUGGGAGGACGUCUACGAGAUUUUGGUCAACGGGGAAACCGUCGAAGGGGUGAAGCUGAUCGAUGAGGUUCGGAAGAGGUUGGAAGAAAACGAGUGGAAACCGUUGACCAAGAUGCAGGCCGACGAAAUCGAAGAGAUCUGCCGCGACAGCCACCUGAUCCCCGUCAUCGAGAAGAAAAUACUGAGUUUCUUGCACAAAAGCUACAUCUAUUUGCCCAUGUACACCCAUCAGUUGUUGCUGGUGCGGUGGAUUUUGCACCAGAUCAAGACGAGUCCGCUGUUUGUGAAGACUAUGUACGAUGUUAAGAAGGAAAGGCAGCCGACUAGCAUUUUUUAGAAUGGUCUAGGUGGUUGUGAAUAAAUGUAGUAGAAUUA